GUUCAUUUUGCCCCCUGUCGAAGGAGCUCAACAAAUUUACUCCACUAAGAAGCUCUGCUUAGACCCACAGUGCGGAAUGCGGCGUUUUUGGCAGUGCAUUUGCCUGGAGGCACGAUUCGACCUGCAUUAGCGUUUCGGAUUGCGCGGGGACAAGGCUACUCGUAUUGCUAUAUGGAGAGGUUGCACUACCACCACCCUUCUAUAACGCUUCUAAGUAUCAAGACAAGACAAUCUCCAGAUAUCACUGUUUCCCACUAUUUCUAUAUUUAUCUCAAGCUUUGAAGUCAUGGACAUAAAGCAGAGACCUUUUCGGGUGAUCGUCGUAGGUGGCAGUAUAUCAGGUCUCACGAUGUCACACUGCCUGCAGCGAGCUGGCAUCGAUCACGUUGUCCUGGAGAGAAGGAACACUAUCGUCCGACCGAAUGGUGCCUCUAUUAAUCUCUGGCCGCAAGGUCUCCGCUUGAUGGAACAGCUGGGGUGUUUCAGUGGUACUCCAACUGUCGUCAGCCCUCUAUUUAGACAGAUAAUCGAAAGGCAUGGGUAUGGCUUCCUAGUGAUUGAUCGCGAGAAGCUCAUGCGAAUUAUCUACGACCAUUUACCGUCGCAAUCGUACGUCAGAGGAGGCUGUAGCGUUGUCCAUAUUGAUGAGGACAAAACCGGAGUCAAAGUUCAUCUAGAAGACGGAAGCGUUGAGGUUGGCGACAUCGUCGUGGGAGCAGAUGGAGUCAAUAGUGUUGUACGAAGGGCUAUGUGGACGAUCGCAAACGACCGAAGUCCUGGGACAUUUUCUGAGAAAGAGCAACAAACACUGAACACAACCUACAAAUGUCUCUUCGGAACAUGUACACCACCUGCUAGAUCGGUUUCUGGCGAGAUGACCCAAACGCACAAUGAUAGAUUCUCGUUUCUUACUUUGACGCAGCCGACCCGUGUCUACUUUUUCGUUUUCAUUAAACUCCCCAAGGCUAGGCGAUGGCCAGAUCGACCAAAAUACAAUUCUCAUGAUGCAGAGCUAGAAGCAAGCAAAUAUAUGGCGUGUCGUAUCAACGAAAAGCUCACCUUUGGCGACCUUUGGAGCAACAAGCUCUGGUUCUACCUUACUCCGCUGGAAGAGGGCGUCUUUAAACAAUGGCAUUGGGGAAGAAUAGCACUGGUUGGAGAUUCUGCUCAUAAGAUGACCCCAAACCUAGCAUUCGGUGCCAACAGCGCCAUGGAAAGCGUCGCAGCACUCUCAAACGGCUUGAAUCGAGCACUCAAGAACCAAUCAGACUCUACCCUCAGCCGAGAGCAGAUUAGUAUGGUGUUCCAAGACUAUCAGGAAAAGAGGAUGGGCCGCGUGACUAAAGUCCACGACUUUACAGGCGGAUUCACGCGGGUUUCAGCUUGGGAUGGACUUCUGAAUAAGUUCAUGGCCCUGUGGGUUCUACCCAUUGCUAGCCAUGAGUUCGUAGGAGACAAGUUUAGUCGCUUGAUCAGAGGUGGAGUGAAGUUGGAUUACGUGCCGUACAAGGAGUCGAGGUCUGGUUCCGUGCAUUGGGAUGAUGAAUCAAGGGAGAAUGCUGGUGGCAAGGGCAAGCUGACAUCUGUUACUUUAGUGAGCGUUCUUGUAGUAUGUUUGGGUCUCGGCGCUUUGAUUCGGUGGCUGUUCUGGAUUUUCAUGUCCUGAUUGAGAGAGCGAAGGCUACUCGUAGCUGUACAUGGUGUUCCACCUGCAUGGUUGAUGCGAGAUUGGCAGCGUAUUGAGCCAUGCUUUAAUGCUUUAACGUUCGACUAAAUGCCACGAGAGAAGGCCACGAAGUUAGCCAAUCGCAUUAGAUCUAGCUACCAAUCGCAUUAGACCUAUGCUAAACC